ACCUAUUGUUCUACAUAUUUCAUGACAAAGUUUCCUUUGCCUGUCUCAAUGUUAAGUCUAUGGAAAAAAUAUCUGGUGUCAAAUUUCCUGAAAAGCUGGAGCAAGUUUAUGUAUUUCAACUAUUAGAAUUUUAAUUGUUAAUUUAAUAAAAUGCAGAACCCCAAUGAAGAUACAGAAUGGAACGAUACCCUUCGAAAGAUGGGUAUUAUACCGCAGAAAGAAGCGGAGUUUUCGGAGGCCGAUAUUGUGAACAUGAUAGAGGACACAAUACAGCAAAAGGAAGCUGAAAAACAAAAACAAUUAUCUGAGUUAGACCUUGAUGGAUUGGACGAACUUGAAGAUUCAGAAGAUGAGGCUGUUAUAGAAGAGUACCGCAGGAAACGAUUAGCAGAAAUUAAGAAGCUGUCUGAGAAGCCUAGAUUCGGAGAAGUGCGAGAAGUCUCUGGUCAAGAUUAUGUGCAGGAGGUUAACAAGGCUGGUCAAGACAUUUGGGUGGUCAUUCAUUUGUACAAACAGGGAAUACAACAAUGUGCACUAAUAAAUCAACAUCUACGAGAAUUAGCAGUCAAGUUUCCCUACACAAAAUUCUUGAAAGCCAUUGCUCAGACUUGCAUCCCAAACUUCCCAGAGAGGAAUCUGCCUAGUUUAUUUGUUUACUUUGAGGGCGAAAUGAAGCAGCAGUUUGUGGGGUCCCACGAACUAAGGGGCACCAGUUUGACUUGUGAUGAACUCGAAUACAUACUCGGUAAGGUUGGAGCUGUCGAAACGAGCAUAACAGAAGAUCCCCGACCAAAGAUCAAAGACAAGUUGUUUACUGACCUUGGAAGUAAUGACUGGUGAUUUUAGAAUAUUAAUUUAUGUUAAAGUUAAUUUAUAUUUUAUGUUACAUCUAACAGUAUGUUUUUUUUUUAAACUGUAUUCUGUCGCUUUACUUAUCAAAAGCUUCUUAUGUGAACUGUAUUAAAUUAAUAUAUUAAGGUUUGUGCUAAAUGAGCAUCAUUAUCAAGUGAACUUGUGUUGUUAUAUAGGACCCCGUUGUAAAAAAAAAUCUAUAGUAAUGGCGUAUAUACAGAGACCGGUUAACCCAUGUCUGAUGGCAGUCUUUUUGUGGUAAUUGAUUCAAAUAAAAAUUAAAACUUCUUUAGUCGCAAACAAUUGAUAUAACUAGAUUUAAUUGUUACAACAAAACUUGCGAAAGUAUGUGACUGUAUGAAAUUCAAGUCAUAUAUUUUGAUUUAAACGGUCAGGUCAAAGGGCAUUUGUUUAUUUAAUCCUUUGAAAAAAAAAAAUUUGCUCACUGACCUCUUAUAAAUGAGGACAAAUAAGCCUCGCGUCGCAGCGCAGUUGGUCACUCACACAGGGCUACAGGUUUUAGUUCAAUAAUAUAGUAACAAAUAUAUUUUUAUACAAAUGUAUUGUAGAUGAGACUAAAAGAAAUGAAUUUGUAAUUUUUUUCGUUCAAACAUACACUAGGGCCUAUCCAAAACUUUAUAACGAAGGCGGGAAUCAUGUCUGUCUUAAUAGAAUGAAAUUAUUUAUGAAAAUAUGAAUAUAUUUUUGCCUUAUUGUAUUUAUAAAAGUUAUAUUGAAAAUUUUUGCCUUCUGGGAUGUAGUAUUACUAAUUUCUUGUUUUUAAUGCACAAUGUUAAUUUAUUUGUUUAUUUACUCAUUGUCCAUAAAUACAAUUCGUAACCGGAUGCUAAUAACAAAAUAGUCUGAUUAGUACUUCAUCAAGCGCAUACAGUUUGUAUACCCAGUUAUGGGACUUUUUUGGGGUUUUAAUGCUUCAUUGUAUUUCUAGCUUUCGUGGAGUAAAUGCUAUUCUAUAUGUUUAAGUACUCUUCCCUGAUAACUAAGACUUUGAUCCAAUUUGUGCACAUCAAUUCAUAGUAUGAGUAUUCUACCAGCGCCUCAUGCUUUACGUUGACAAUUACCCUAUACGACAUUAUAAUAUGUGGUUAAUCAUUGUGUAUUUAUGUACAAUCAAUGUCAGAUCGUAGUAUGUAUAGAUCUAAACUGAUAAGUGUAACGAGGAAUAGCACUAACACAAGAGCGGCUCGGUUACCUGUUGUAGCAUAAUUGAUUAAAACCUUUGUUUUAAGAAAUUAUGAAGAAAUGAAAAAAAAUGUUAAAAUUUUUUUUGUUCCAUGCAACACUUUAAUGUCAAUUACAUGUCAUUUAAUUUAAAUACACAUAUACCAAUAUAUAAUUACUAAAAUAAAACGAAGACUUAGUGUAAAUAUGAUAAGAAUCUACAUCUGUAUUUGAUUAUUUACAAUUAAAUAUGUUUGCUGUUCA